GUCUCUGUGCUUAGAUUUGUGCUUCGAUUUACACCCAGUCUGGUUUUGGCAAUCUGGACCCACUUUAAUAAUCAUCAGAAUUUACUUACAAUUUAAAAUAGAAAUGCAUUUCUAAAACGCGAAUGCAGUGAACUUUAAUCGAUAUCAAGCGGGACAUCACAAAGUUUUGCCAACUGAUAUAUGGACUCGAGGUUGAAGUUCGGAUUGAACUUGCUCCAUUUGGACUCUGCGCUGAGGGGCGCGGCGGCGGAUGGAUACGAGCUCAUGUGAUGCGGUUACUGUUUGGUUUGACGUGAUACUCCUCUGUUCUCCAAAACUUUUGAACGAUUUAUCGUGUAACCGAUCAGCCUCGACAUCAAAUGAAGAAGAGUGAGACAAUGUUCUACUAAAUUGAAAACGUGAGCUCUUCCACUGCGGUUUACUGCGCUCACAGAAGCUCUUCAGACCGGAUCACCUCAGCACGAUGGAGUUUCAGUUUUUCGCAUCUCUUUCCUGUAUGUGGCAUUUCUUCGAUUCUCAUGCUUUGUACGCAAUUCACCAUUUCAACCGGAAUACAGCAAAUUGUGGCGGCGUAGAUUAUACCCAGGAAGACUCCCCUCAUUUGCACAGCCGGCUUAAGAGCUCCCUCUUUCCUACUGGCUAACGAAGGCCAAUCAUAGGUGGAGGGAGGAGUCUACACAGACGUAGGACUAAAUUGAUUGGAUGACAAAAACUUUUGACGCUUACCCAAACUCAACUUCCACGGAAUCCUCUCCUGGUUCCUCUAUCCCACCUUCACCUCUGGAGCAUGAUGUCCAAAUGCCCUCUGACUUGGAGGUUAUGACCACUCUUCUUAAAGAAGAACUGGCUCAACUGGAGGAUUAUUACCUGUAUGAAUCGGCACCUAUGAAAUUGGACAAAUGGCAAAAAAGUGACAAAAGCUUGCAAGCUAUGGCUACACAAUCAUACUAUCAGUUACCCUGCGCUUCGUACAAUGUAAACCAAUCUGAAACAAAUCCCAGGCUGGUUUCCCUAGCAACUGGAGAUCUCGACCUGAGAGGCUUCUGUGGGGGCUCCAUGAGCCGACCGAAAAUGUCUCGACCCGGCCCCUACAGCUACAUUCGGACACACUGCAACAGCCAAAGAAUAUCAACGAGUGGAUGUAAGGAUGUUGAAGUGUUUGAGAAGGAAACGUGGACUUUCAAAGGGACUCAUUCAGGUUACGCAGAGCUGGCUUUUGACCAGUGCUCUGUCGACAAAUCCUUCGGAAAGAGCCAUGCGAGUGCAAAGAAGGUUCGAGAAUGUGCCAUACUGUUGAAGGAAGAAGAAAAAAGUUGCUUUACGGAAGACGUGCUUUACCGAGCGGAGAUGAUGAGAAGUUACGAUCUCGGUGGGUCCCUGGAGCCCCACCACAGGCGGGAGGGUCAGAGCCACGGGAUGAAGAUGCUCGGCCACGACGGGAUUGCCAUGCCCAUUUUGCAGUGCGCCGAGAGCGAGAGCUGUCCGCCGUAUAAACAGUCUGAAGUAGCUGAGUGCUACUUUCAUCAGAUUACUGCCAAUUUAGAGCCAUAUCACGGCUUCAUGAAUGAAAUCGAUCAGCCAAUCAGAACUGGGGCUGUUGAUAUCCAGAAUAAUGACUACUUGCACCACGAAUGCCUUGGGGAUCAAAGCUUUGAAUGUCUGUCCGGAGACAGUGUUGGGUCCUCUUUGGAGUUGCCCAUCCAGAAACCACUACAAAGGUCACGGGAAAGUCAGUGUGUGUUUAAGCCAGAUGUUAAAGUAGGUUCCUUGGAGAGAAACCAUGGAGAACGCAAGCAGAAGAAGAGGGAUCAGAACAAGUCUGCUGCCCACAGGUACCGUCAGCGUAAGAGGGUGGAGCAGGACUGUUUGGAGGAGGAGCUUCAUGGUUUGGAAGGGCGGAACAGAGAACUUCGGGACAAAGCAGAAUCUGUAGAGAGAGAGAUUCAGUAUGUGAAAGAUCUCCUGAUUGAAGUCUACAAGGCUCGCAGUCAGCGCUUAAAAGAGGAUUCCAGUGCCUAAACCGUCUUUUACCAGCAUUUCACUUAUACCAGGCUCUGACAGCAUGUUUUUAUGCUCUAAAUAGUUAGUAAAAAAAAAACAAAAAAAAAAAAGGAAAAAAAAGGACCUCAUGUAUUAAAAUGGUUGUGUUUUUCCAAAGCGAAAGCCGCAUGGUUUCAUGAAACUGAGAGCAUAAUAUCUGAAGCACUGUGAUGAUAGCCUUGAAUACAUUCUAAUGACCUAGCUUGGUAUUUCAAUUUACAGUGAUAUAUUUAAUGAAAAGCUGCCCAUCUCAAGGUUUGACUGAAUUUCUUUCUUUAACCCUACUGGUUUGUUUUAGUGAACACAAUCUGUGCUACUUUUAUUGAAAGUUAUUCUGUACAGGCUUGCUCCGUUCUUUA